UGUAACAAGCGGGGCCGGGGCGAACCGGGGCGGAGAGGGGAAAAAAGCGUCUUCUCGUUAGAAAAUCUCCAACAAUCUGACACCAAACGAAACAAACCAAUGCGCGUCUUUUUUUUCUCUCCUGUCUUGUUUUAUUUAAAAAGCGAGAAGACAGCGAAGUGAGCCCAGCCGACCGAGCCCGGUCCCGGUGAGGAAACAGAAAGGGGGGUUAAAAAAAAAAACAAAAGAAAAAGAAAAGAGAAAAGAAAGAAAAAAGCGAUCAACGAGCACAAAUGUCAGCGGAUUUCUCCAUUGUAAUAAUUUUCAGCCUCGUAUUGGGAAGAUAGCACAUCCGGCUGUGUGCGUUGUUCAUGCUGCACCGAAAAAUGUUGGGAAAUAACCCAAUGACGCCCCUCUUUCUUCCUUUUUUCCUCUCGGCUGUCCUUUAAACACAGAGGUAUGCCACAUUUAAAUAAAAGCAGUCGCUCCUGUCAGGCAACUGUAAUCUUUCGGCGUGCAGAACAAUGAGCGUGCAACCCAUGUAACCUCAUAUAGCUAGCAAGAGACAGAGAAGUAUUGCAAAUUGACAAUCAGCCAGAUCACUUUGUUGCAGGGAUAUCGGUUGGUGUUUUUUUUUGGGAGGGGGUUUGCACAUAAAAAGCGUCUCACUGCGCGAUAAAAGAUUGAUGUGCAGCUCGGAUUGGAAAGAAAGACGACCUCCGAGGCUGUUGGAUUAAGAGUCCCUCUUUCUGCCCCAGAUAGCAGGUUUCCAUGGAGGCAGGUCCGUCCCUUAGCCUCAAACGAAGAUAUGAAGAGGUGGACAGCGGCUCUCUGUUCUCUACACCUAAGGACUCGGACGAUGACAUCUCCAGCAGUGACAGCGCAGACAGCUGUGACAGCCUCAACCCACCUUCCAGCACCUCGUUCACUCCCACCUCCAUCCUCAGACAGCACAAGCCGUCGCCGGGGGGGAAGCGGGUUCGCUUCGAUGUGGUGACGGUGUACUACUUCCCCCGGCGGCAGGGCUUCACCAGCGUGCCCAGCCAGGGGGGCAGCUCCCUGGGCAUGGCGCGUCACCACUCCUCCAUCAGACACUACACGCUGGGCGAGUUCGCACGCGAACAGGAAAGCAGCCACAGACACACGCUGCGCCAGCACCUGCGUCAGGAGAAGCUCAACACUCGCAAGAUGAAGCUGACGAGGAACGGCACGGUGGAGUGCGCUCAGGCAGACCUGCUAACUCUGGAGGACGUCUCCGACGAGGACCUUGACGUGGACGGCGUCGAGGUGGACGACUGUUUCUUCCUCCAGCCUCUGCCGACGAAGCGCCGCCGAGCCCUGCUGCGAGCCUCCGGGAUCGCGCGCAUCGACGCGCGGGAGAAAACCGAACUGAGAGCCAUCCGUCUCUCCAGGGAGGAAUGUGGCUGUGACUGCCGCUUGUUCUGCGACCCUCGCCACUGCGGCUGCAGCCAGGCCGGCAUUAAGUGCCAGGUGGAUCGCAUGUCUUUUCCAUGCGGCUGCUCCAGGGAUGGCUGCGGCAACGCUGUGGGUCGCAUCGAGUUCAACCCCCUGCGUGUCCGAACACACUACCUGCACACCAUAAUGAAGCUGGACGUGGAGAAGAGGACGGCGCCCAUAGCGGGACCCGGGGAGCCGUACACUGAAACCGACCCCUUCUCUUCGCCCUCCUCCACUUGCCCCACGUCCCCGACCUUGUCCUCCGGCAUCGGCCUGGACUCGGAGCUGGAGGAGAGCGAGGUGCAGUCGGUGGAAGAGGUCCACGAUCUCCUGGUAGAGCAGGAUAUCCUGGAACGGGAAAACGAGACGGCCGUGCUGCACCUGCAGAGCGCUGAGGAGCAGGAGAGAUGGGAGAGGGAGGAGGCGGUGCAGCAGGAGCUGAGCUCUGCUGGGGUCGCGGGGUCACACCCUCUCUGCCUCCUGCCCGAGCAAGAAGAAGAAGCAGCUCAAGGUGUUGAUCAGAUCCUCCUGCAGGGACCUUUUCCGACGGGCGCUACCGUCUUGUGCAUCUCUGACUCCCAGGAGGAGAGUCCGUCGGAGCUCCUCAAAGACUCUCUGCUCUACUAUCAGCUCAGCACCAUCGAGCCCGGCGCCUUCGAGACGCUGCCUGCAGCUGAGGGAGAUGAGCAGGAUGAGCCUUCGCAGGAUGAGCCUUCGCAGGAUGAGCCUUCGCAGAGCGCAGGUGGAACUGAGCUCACAGAGAAGAAGCAGGAAGCACUUGGAGAUUUCCAAGGGGACGCACGUUACAUCAAGGCCAGCGGACAGAUUGUGGGCGACAGUUUGACCAACAUGCACUUGUGCACAGAUGUGGGGGAGGAGGCGGAGAAGAGUCCCUCAAGUCCUGAUAACAACGUCCCAAAAGAGCAGAACCAGGAGGAGUCCGACUCGGAGAAAGAAGCAGAUCCACUGCCUCCUGAAGUUUAGCAUUAGCGUCUUUGCAGAUAUUUUGCACAAUAGCUUCAUCUAAGAUGAGUAAAUACUACAUAUUCCACAUUUAUCACUGCUAUCCGCCACAUCUACAGGUGUCUUAGGCUACGUUCACACUGCAACCUGAAGUAGAGACGCAGAAAAGAAACGAUUCUAUUGAGAAUCACAAUUCACAGCUCUGGAAAUCGAUUUUAAGUUGUACGUUUUUGCCGCCCUGCAUAUUGCAUUGCGUGUCCUCUCAUCCACCUAAUGUAUUUUUAAUAAUUCUUUGAUAUUUUUCUUAUUUAAAAAAGCCAGGCAGCUAAGCUAACCUAAUACUGGUAAUUUAAGUUACAUAAUUUUAUGCACAGACUUAUUUUUGUUUAAAUAUAAACUGAUGAAACUUCAUACAGUAUGGAAAAUUAUAGGAUUGUUGAAAAUAAAUAUUUUACUUGUUUAUGCGCUUUACGUCUAUCCAAGUUAAACAGAAUCUCUAGAAUAUUUAAAUAGGAAAAAUUAAUUUCUGAAUCAAAAAUUGGAAUUGAAUUGCUAGACAUUGAAAGAUUUACAUCUCUAGCUUAAAGUUUCUCAAAUCUGAUUUUUUUCCCCUUCUGAUCUGACCUUUUUCUGACAGUCUGAAUUAUCAAAUUUUUACACUUAGAUAUGUCUUCCUAAAUCAGGUACAUAUCUAAUCUAUUCAAAUGUGACCUGCGCCUGUCCAGUGUAAUUGAUACUCGAUUGAUAUUUGGAAGCAGGAAGAAAAACAACGGCAUGGCGGACGAUGAUACAGAGAGUAAUCCAUAAAGAGAAAGUUGGACAAUUUUACCAUUCAUGUUGACUUUUGCAAACAAUAGCUGCGUUUUCAUUACAAAUGUGUGUAAAACUUUGUUGAUGUCUCGCUAAAGUCGAUACAACACAAUUUCACGAUUGUUUCACUGUUUUCAUUAAAUAAGAAGUACAGUUAGAAUCACUCAAUAAGUUGUUAAAAAACAUAAUCCUGUUGUCUUCUAAGUCGUUUCUGCCAGUAGUGACAUCCGACUGUUGAUCAUGUGACUUGUGUGACGCAAAAAACAUGUUUCCUUUGCAAUUUUGCAAAAUACGCCAACUUUGAUGCGGCUGAAAAAACCACCUAAUCCAAGAACAAAAUCUAUUUUAUCAAAAAAUUUGAGUUUUUUUUCUAAAUUGGCAUAUUUAUUUUCAUAAUUCCAGUUUGCACAGUUUUUAGAUAAAUGGCAACGCAGCCAUUGAGCACGCUUGCUACUCCGCAAUAUUACCGUCGCAUUCAGUUACAACUCGUGUGAUGCAAAGAAAAGAGUUGCAAUUUUUACAAAUACACUAGUUUUGAUGCAUCCAAAAAACUACUUCAUCUUAGCACAAAAAGUUUUUCUUAUUGAGUUUUCUAAAUUGGCAAAUUUAUUGUCAUAAUUCCAGUUUGCGCAACAUUUAGGUAAAUAUAAAUGCAACUAGUGAGCGCACUCGCUACUUCAUUACUGCGUCCUCUACUGCGCAUGCCGGACACUGUCAGGUCGUUUGUAGUUCACGCAGGAAAUCGCACACAAGUCGCAUGUAUUUGGAAAUGUGAACAACAACAAAAUGUCAUUAAAAAAAUCUGAUUUGAGCAUUAAGGCCUGCAGUGUGAACGUAGCUUUCUAGUGAGUAACAUUAAGUUUUUAAGAGCGUCAGAAAACAGGUGCAGAGAUGCUGGAAGCACAUUAAGAUCACUCCCGGGGCGCAGCGAGAGAAUGCAGUUACAUAAAAUCAACCUUAGAGGGGAUUCUGCUGGGGGUGAUGAAUGCGGCCUUAUUUGGAAACCAUUAACUCAGCUACAGAAACACAGAGUGCAAAUGCUGACUGAAGCCUUUUUGUUGGCUUGAUGUAUAAAGCUAUCAACGCUGAACACAAACUGCUAAUUGUGUGCAAGAUGCCGGCGUACCUGCUGGCUCUUUUUCCGUCAUCGCAAACCUGAUGCUGUAGUCGAGCCAAAUGAAGGCGUCUGAUCGCUCCCUCUGCUAACUACACCGAAUAAUCCUGGAAAUACUUGUUUUCUUUUCGCGUACUGUACACGCAGCAUUCACAACAUGCUGGAGAGCUGCUGGUUUUUUUUGGUCUGUGUGCACAUUGUGAAGUGAAAGCAGCACCAGCUCCGCCACUUGGAGAUAUGAAGGAAGAACCAAGACGGUGGCGGAUUAGCACUGGCCUUAGUUGUUACUAUCGCUUACUUUCGGACUGCCGGCACAAUUGCAGUCAAAGGGACGAGACGAAAAGGUCACUUAUAGCUAAUUUACUGACAUUAUUUCUUGAAUUAAUGUGUCUUUUGUGAAUUAGAUGCUGUUCAGUCCUUGCAGUCUGUUUGGGAAUGAAAGGAAACGUUUUUUCUUUCACAGUGCCACAUUGUUACUCCAUAAUCAGUCAUAUGUUGUGAUAAAAUGCCAGAACAGAACUUCUUAGUCAAUUCAAUGCUUGUUUUUUGUGUAAAGAUGUGCCGAUUAUAAAUCGAGCCAAAUUAGAGUGCCUUGGAAACUAAUUUGUUCCCCUGCAACCUUUAAAAAAAAACAUUCACGUUACAGCCACAAAUUUAAGCCGAUUUUAUUGGGGUUUUGUGUGAUGGACUAACAAAUAUUAGUGCAUAUUUGCAAAAUUAAAGAAAAAACAAAAGAGACAGUUUUUAGGAUUUCUUUUACAGAUAUGAAUCUGAAAAGUGUGGAGUGCUUUUGUAUUUUCUGACUGAAAUCAUAACAAGCUCAGAUUGGACGGAGAACACUUGCCACAGAUUCUCAGUAGGAAUAAGGUCUGGACUUUGACUAGGCCAUUCUAACACAUCAAUAUGCUGUAAAUGUAAGCAUUCUACUGAAUCACUGGUUGAAUAUUUAAGCUCCUAAUCCCACUGGAAAGUGAACCUCCAUCUUAAUCUGAAUUAUUUUGCAGCAUUUAUUAUUUUUUCUCAUGAUUGUCCUGUAUUUGUCUCCAUAUAUUUUUUCAUCAACACUAACAAGCUUAUUUUUUUAGGACUACCUCCUUCUAUAGUUGAUCACGAGAUGUAAAGGGAAAACUCAGAUUGCAGUUUUGAGUUUUGCAUGUAAUUUUGAUUUAAACUGAACACACACCACUGGUUUUUGGUAAAUGGUAACUGGCCUGUACUUAUACAGCAUUUUAUCAAGUUUGGAUGACCUGAAAACGCUUCUCACUACAUUCAGCAAUUCACAUGCUGAUGGUGGUAAGCUACAUUUUGUCUGUUGUCUUCCUUGGUCUUCAUGAUGCUGUUUGUUUUUAUAAUGUCCCCCAACACACCUCUAACCAUAUAUAAUAUGGUUAAAUAUAUAUUUAAUCGGCUGCAACUCAUGAUUAUUUUAAUAAUUGAUUAUUCUUGCAACUUCUGUGAUGAUUAAUCAAUUAAUCGCGUAAAAAAAUGACAUUCUACAGAUUUUUCAUUUAAACAUUUAAGUAGGGCUGUGACGAUUCGUCAAACGAUUCGAGUACCUUGAUUGUUAAUAUUCCUCACGGCAAAUUAUCUACCUUCGUUAAAAUAUGUUUUAAUAUUUAGCACCAUGAUGAUUAUUUGUGUUGCGCAAUGCUCUGUUGUUGAUGAGUGCUGAGCGCUAUUAGCAUAACAAAGGGUGACCUGCUGUUUUCUUAUUUUUAUUAUUAAAUUUAAUAUAAUUUCUAAUUUUUUGUAAUUUUUGUCCCAGUUGACUUCAAAAGUGAGCUAUUAUUGUUACAGCUUAACAAAACUAGCUCAGAAAAUCUACAGAAAAGUAAUUUAGAAAUGCAUGGAUAUGAAAAAUUUGGCUAAUAUUGAUGUCCAAUAUUAACACCACUGUUAUGGCAGUAUUUACAAAUAUUUGUUUUAUUUGUUAAAAGUUUCUGUAUGAUUACUCGAUUACUAAAAUAAUAAUUUUACAGCAGCCCUACACUUGAUACUUUUUAUAUACAAUGUCAAAUACACAUUAAAGUAUAAGUAUAAGGAAAUAAUUCAAUCCCUGUUUAAAAUAAGAAAAUUAACAUUUUAUAGCCUGGGAGGCAAAAAAAGAACAUUCCUUUUCUGAAUCUGAAACUAUGCCACUAUGGCUAAAACAAACUAACAUCUUAAAGUGUUUUUAUCUUAAAUGUAAAUAUUUUUCAUGCAGUUAAUUAGUGCUCUAAACUUUUCAGCAAACAGCCU